CCCGCUGGAGCUGCGCUUCCUCGGCUCGUGCCUCGAAGACCUGGCGCGCAAGGACUACCACUCGCUGCGCGACUCGGAGAUCAAGGCCAACAACCCUGCCGACCUGGGCAGCCUCACCAACCUGACGGACGAGGUGGUGCGCAGCAAGCUGCUGGUGUCGCUGGCGCUGCUGGGCUCGGAACAACGCGAGGCUGCGGGCGUGCUCUACCGCACGCUCACGCACAUCGACUCCAUCAUCCACAACUACGGGCUGCAGCUCAACGAGGGCCGCACGGGCGAUGAGUUCCUGCUGCUCUUUACCAUGGCCUCCAACCACCCGGCCUUCAGCUUUCACCAGAAGCAGGUGCUGCGCCAGGAGCUCACGCAGAUCCAGAGCAGCCUGAGCGGUGGCGGCGGAGGCCCCGGGGGCAAAGGCGCGCCGGGACCCACCUGCCCGGCCUGCCACAAGAUGGCCCCCCGGGUGGAGCCCCCUGUGAGCAGCAUGGGGAACAACAGCCUCGAGAAGGCGCUGCACACGUCCGCACAGCCCACGGAGGAGCCCAAGAGGCCGCUGGGGAAGCACAGCAAAGUGAGUGUGGAGAAGAUAGACCCGAAGGCACUGUCACACGCCAAGAGCGACAGGAGCGCCGAGUGCUCCUUUGAGGUCUUGUGGUCUGACUCGUCAAUAACGUCCGUAAUCAAGUCGUCCCCAGAAGUGACUGAGUUCAUCUCCAAGUUAUCCCAGCUCUGCCCCGAGGAGAACCUGGACAAGCUCAUUCCGUGCCUGGCGGGCCCGGACCCCUUCUAUGUGGAGCGGAGCCACAUGGACCUGGAGGCCGGCCUGAGGUAUUUGGCUUCGCUCCCUUCUCAUGUACUGAAAAAUGACCACGUGAAGAAGUUUUUCAGCGCUUCGUCUCCCGCCCAGCAGCUUCAAGGUCCGAGUCCUGGCAACCCUCCCCUUCCUAAAGUGGGCACCGUGAUGGGCGCUUCUGGAAGGCCUGUGUGUGGUGUGGCCGGUAUCCCCUCCUCUCAGAGCAGUUCUCAGCACCACCUGCCCCACGCGGCUGGCCCAGGCUCAGGGCUGGCCUACCGCGCCCAGGUGGACACCGCGCCAGCCAUCCUCAUGCCCUCCGGCCUGCAGGCCCCUCAGCCACAGGAGCAGAACGGCAUCCUGGACUGGCUGAGGAAACUGCGGCUGCACAAGUACUACCCAGUCUUUAAACAGCUCACCAUGGAGAAGUUUUUGAGUCUCACCGAGGAAGAUCUGAAUAAGUUUGAGUCUCUCACCAUGGGAGCAAAGAAGAAACUGAAGACUCAGCUGGAGCUGGAGAAGGAGAAGUCAGAGCGACGGUGCCUGAACUCCACGGCCCCGUCCUUGGUCACCAGCAGUGGAGUGGCCCGUGUCCCCCCGACCAGCCAUGUGGGGCCUGUGCAGGCCGGACGCAGCAGCCAUGCGGCAGAGCUGCGGGUGGAGGUGGAGCAGCCCCCUCACCAGGUGCCCCGGGAAGGCAGCAGCUCUUCCGAGUACUCCAGCUCCUCCUCCAGCCCCAUGGGUGUGCAGGCGCGUGAGGAGAGCUCAGACAGCGCCGAGGAGAGCGACAGACGUGUGGACGUGCACUUGGAGGGUCCCGACAAGGAGAAGCCCGUGAUGCUGCUGAGCCACUUCCCCUCGAGCUCCGUCAGACCCACCGCCCAGGUCCUGCCUGUGCAGAACGAGGCCGGCUCCAGCCCCGCCGGCCACCACCCCUUGGCCCCGCAGCUGCUGCCUGCCGCUGCGCACCUGGCCCCUAUGCGGAUGCUGAGCUCCAUGCACAAAGCGGAGCGCGGGGGCUCGGACGUGAAGCUCCUCUCGUCGUCCAUGCACUCGCUUCUGUCUCUGGAGGAGCGGGGCAAAGGGCCCGGGGCCAGGAGCGGCGUGAAGGUGGACAAGGGCUUCAGCAGUGCCGUGCUGGACACGCUGCCCGCGUCAGCACCGCACCCGCCCGUGCAGGUGAUCUCGGGACUCUCGGAGAGCAGCGCCGUGACUCCUUCGGUCUCCUUUGGUCCCCGGGCCAAGGUUGUGCACGCGGCCACGCUGGACAGGGUGCUGAAGACAGCACAGCAGCCGGCGCUGGCGGUGGAGACCAGCACAGCGGCCGCAGGGACGCCAAGCACCGUGCUGCAUGUGGCCCGGCCUCCCAUCAAGCUGCUGCUGUCGUCCUCUGUGCCCGCUGACGCUGCCGUCUCCGGGCAGACGUCCUGCCCCAACAGCGUGCAGAUCAGCGUGGCCCCCGCAAUAAUCAACCCCCGGACCGCUCUGUACACAGCCAACACCAAAGUUGCCUUCUCCGCCGUGAGCAGCGUGCCCGUGGGGCCCCUGCAGGGCAGCUUCUGCGCCAACAGCAACACUGCCUCUUCCAGCAGCCACCCCGCGCCCUCCUUCGCCAGCAUGGCCACACCGCCCAGCUACCCGGCCCCCAGCUCCAGCCCUGCGCUCUCCUCCGUCCCGGAAAGCAGCUUCUACAGCGGUGGAGGCGGCUCCCCUGGGAACCUCCCUGCCCAGAGCCAGGGCCACCAUCACCACCACCACCAUCAGCAGCCCGCGGCGCCCCCGCAGCCCGCUCCGCCGCCGCCUGGCUGCAUCGUGUGCACCUCGUGCGGCUGCAGCGGCAGCUGCGGCUCCGGCGGCCUGACUGUGAGCUACACCAACUACUUCCAGCACCCGUUCUCGGGGCCGUCCGUGUUCACCUUCCCCUUCCUGCCCUUCAGCCCGGUGUGCAGCAACGGCUACGUGAGCGCGCAGCAGUACGGCGGCGGCUCCGCCUUCCCCGUCGUGCACGCCCCGUACAGCGGCAGCGUCACCCCCGAGCCGGUCCUGGGCGGCCAGUCCUCCUUCGCGGUGCCGCCCAUGCAGAACUUCAUGGCUGGGACGGCGGGCGUGUACCAGACCCAGGGGCUGGUGGGCAGCAGCAACGGUUCUAGUCACAAAAAGAGCGGAAACCUGUCCUGUUACAACUGCGGGGCCACUGGGCACCGCGCUCAGGACUGCAAGCAGCCGUCCAUGGACUUCAACCGGCAAGGUACUUUUAGGUUGAAAUAUGCCCCUCCGGCCGAAAGUCUGGACUCCACAGACUGACGUUUUUCUCUGGCAGCAGCAAUUACUAAGCCAUGGAGACAUAAGGAAAAUUAAACACAAAACUGAGACGUCUA